AUUUAGUGAAACACCCAGAUUGGAGAGAAUCGUUUCCUAAGAAGCAGCCGCGCAUUUUUGAGAGGACUGCAGAUGGAGGUUGGAGAAGGAAAAGAGAAACGUGUAGAUGCCUAAGCCUAACCUAAGACCUAACCUUUACCAAAGAUUAUAACAAGUGGAAUCGGAGGGACAAUCCAAACGAGUUGAUGUUGAAUAAUUUAGGAGGACAAAAAGGAGAUGGAGGGAUGACAUAACUAAACAAGUAUUUAUUUACUUAUAUACGAACCCAAACCCAAACCCAUAAACAAAAUUAUAUUUCGUCUGUGAACUGAUGAUGAAGAAGACUGAUGAAGAAAACAAAAACGAUGCAAAAACAUGGGGGACUUGGGAGGAGCUUUUGCUAGCAUCUGCUGUCAAACGCCAUGGCUUAAAGAACUGGGAAUCUGUUGCCAUGGAACUUCAAACUAAGACCUCUCUUCCUCACCUUCUAACCACCGCUCAAUGCUGCAAGCAAAAAUAUCACGACCUUAAACGUCGAUUCAAAGACGAACAACACGAACACGAACACGAACCCGAACCACCUGCUAAACUCGUUAGUAUUCCUUGGCUUGAAGAGCUUCGCAAGGUUCGUGUCGACGAGUUGAAACAAGAAGUUCAACGUUACGAUCUUAACAUACUUUCCUUGCAGCUUAAAGUUAAGAGAUUGGAAGAAGAGCGAGAGCCGGCUUUAGAUAUUAAAACUACUCAACAGAAGCCAGAUCUCGACGACCAGAAUAUCGAUAAAAACGAUGAACCGGAUAAAUCGGAAGAACCGGAGAAAGCGUGCAAACGCUUAGUUUCCGGUGAAGAGUCCGACAGAGAAAACCGGUCGGUGAAUGAAUCAAAUUCGACGGGAUUGAGCGAGAAAAUCGGAGACGGUGAGAUUAUAAAGAAUGAAGCGAAAGCGAUUGGAUCCGGAGGGGUAGGAGGGUCGAAGGCAGUGGAAUCGGACGAGUUGGGCGACUCGGUGACUCAGUUGAGUAGUGAUGUGCAGAGCUCAGCGAGUUUUGGGAAAAAAAGAAAAGGGAGUUGCGGUGAUAGCAUCAAGGGAAUGGAUGUGAAAUCAGAACCGCCGAUUAGGUUGUUGGAGUUGAUUAGGACCCACAAACAUGUAUCCUUAUUUGAGCGUCGGCUCAAAAGCCAGGAGUCCAAUCAGUACAAAGAGAUUGUGAGACAGCACGUGGAUCUUGAAACAAUACAAACCAGAGUUGAACAAGGCUCUUAUUCUUCAUGCAUUCUUACCUUCUAUAGAGAUGUCUUGCUUCUUUUCAACAAUGCCAUUCUUUACUUCCCCAAAUCUUCCCUUGAAUCUGCCACUGCUUUUCAGCUUCGUAAUCUUUUCUCUAAUGAGAUUAAGAAAGAAAAUUACAAGUCUGAUUCUUCACAAGACCCACUACUACCACCUGCUCCUGCUCCUGCUCCGUUACCACCACAGUUGAAACCCCACCUUGAAAGAUCUGAUUCAUUGCUUGCUAAACAUAAACAAUCUACUCCCAUUAUUGUCUGUCGUAAACGCAGUUCUGUUUCUACUAAACCUUCCACUUCUUCUACAUUUGCUCGACAACAACAACAACAAACUGAAGACAAGAAGCCGCCUGCUGAUAUAAAGCAGCCCUCUGUAGAACGAAGCAGCAGCUUGUUGAAGGUCAAAACAGAAGAGAAAGCUGUAACGACUGGUGCAAGAAGCUCCAGAAGAAGCAACAGAAAUCCAACAACCAAUACUACCACUUCUUCGCCUAGUAACAAAAAACAAAACGCCACCUCAGGUUCAAAAGCUGGUUCAGGUUCAGGUUCUGUUGAUAAACAAGAAACUCCGAAAGCAGAUAAGAAGAAGAGUGAGGGAUCAAGCACAUCGGAUAAAAAGAAAAGUGUGGUGGAUUUCUUGAAAAGAAUCAAGAAAAACUCUCCAGUGCAGACAGUGAAGAAAAGUAAAGGAAGUGAAGAGCAGAAAAAGAAUAAUAAUAAUAAUAAUAAUAGUAGUAGUAGUAGUAAUAGUAGUAGUAGUAGUAGUGGAAAGAAAGAUAAAGGGAAAGGAAGGGCGUUGUGGAGAAGUGGUGAGAAAAGACAAUCAGCAAAGGAGGAAAAUAGUCCUUCAAAGAGAAGUGUUGGGAGACCACCAAAGAAGACGGCAGAGACAAGUGGGAAGCGUGGAAGAGAAGGUGGUGGAAAGGAGACAGUGGUAGGGAAGCGCCAAAGUAAGAGGGCUAGGAGGUGAAAGUGAUGACUGAUAUGUGGAUUUGGUUGUGCAUAUUUAUUGUAUUGUUAGCAGUAGCAGUAGUCAUAACGCUAUUGAUUUAUUUCUAACAAUGUACUAUUUCACGUAUCUAUCUAAUUAAUUCUU